AUGGAAACUCCGAGUCCGCAGGUGUCACCAGCUUUCUACGGACCCGAGGCCUCAACCUCAACCUCAAUAAAUCAGCCAAAGCCCCGGGCCAACUUGCCAACUCCUACGCCUCCCAACUUGAACAACACCGCCAGACCCCGACCAAAUAUAUACAACUACGAAAACCCCACCAAAUGGGCCGAAUUCAAACGCAUGUGGAAGGGUGAUUUCGAAAGCGACAAAGAAGAGUACCGUUGGAAGAAAAAAUGGGGGAUAUCUCUUUCCAUCUUCAUCCUGCUACUCUUCAUCCUCCUUAUUGCAGUGAUCGGCAUCUACUACCACCCUCCGGCGGAGCGCAUCAAUCGCUCAUCAAUCACGAACGCAACAAAGAUCCAUGAAGUGACUAUGACCACUACCAUUACGGCACUAAUCCCAAUUUCUUCCGACAAUGGCGAGAAUACCCAUGUCACAAUGGUGCGAUCAACUGACGCCUCGCUUCCCACGCCCGCUCCUAUUCAGGAUCAAGAAGCCGAGCACGGUAAUCAAGUUAAGCACAUGCAACAAAAGGACGACGCUUCGAUUUUCAAGACUCGAGCCUUCAGCAGCGUAUCAGCCCCUCCUUACCUGGACGCUUGCCAAACGAAUCUCGAGUGUGACUGGGGAUACCGGUGUAUUGAAGAAACCUGCUACCCUGGCUGUGAUUCCGACAGUGACUGUCGCGACGCACACAAGUGCGAGCAUUGGAAACAUGAUGGGCCAAGUUAUAAAUACUGUAUGGUUGCGCGGCACAAGGAGUGCCGCGCUCACCUCGAAUUCUGCCGCAAUGACAAUGAGUGCUGUUCUGGUCGGUGCGAGUCGAAGGGGAAGUGGAAGCUUUGCCAGCCCAGUACAGGUCGAUCGCAACCAUCUGAUUCGAAUGAUCUUCGACCUUGA